CGAGACAAACGGCGGCCCAGAGCGGCCCGCGCGGACCUGGCGCACAGCGGCCCUUGCCGGUCGGGGGCGCCGCGCCGGACGGGAGGCGCGUCCUGGGGCGCCGCGGAGAGCCGCUGGUCGUCCGCCCUCGCGCCUCGACGCCCCGCAUCUUCGACAGCGUCUGGACCCCGGCGCCUCCGAAACCCAGCCUGAGACGCUAGCUCGGCCCCGCUGUUCUCCGGGCCGUCCCCCCGCUGUGCCACCUCGGGAGGCUCGACCCACGGACCCCUGCGAGCGUCGAUUGCAGCCAUGGGUCCCGGCUCCCCUCUCCCUGAGUGGCCACGUCCGACGGCGAAGGCUGCAGUGACAGUUCUUGCGUCACCUUAACAAUAAAAGUAAAUGCCAAUGUACCUGCACCAUCUCUCGGUCGGCACUCUAUGAACACUUGGCACGGUACUAGCUACCUUAGUGAGACCUCAUCUUCCCUGGGGAGGGAGAGAACAUUGGCAGUUGCUGGGUAAUUUGAAGACUACUGUGGAAGGUUUGGUGUCAGCCAACUGCCCCAAUGUCUGGUCCAAGUAUGGUGGCCUGGAGCGGCUUUGCAGAGACAUGCAGAACAUUCUGUAUCAUGGGCUCAUCCAUGACCAGGUGUGUUGCCGCCAGGCUGAUUACUGGCAGUUUGUGAAAGACAUUCGGUGGCUCAGUCCACACUCAGCCUUUCAUGUUGAGAAGUUCAUCAACUUGCAUGAGAAUGGCCAGAGAGAUGCUGAUGGUGUGAGCGAGCGUGCUGUCGCGGAGCUGUGGCUGCAGCACAGCCUGCAGUGCCACUGCCUCUCAGCCCAGCUCCGGCCUCUGCUUGGGGAUAGACAGUAUAUCAGGAAAUUCUACACAGAAUCUGCUUUCCUGCUAAGUGAUGCCCACGUCACAGCCAUGCUUCAGUGCCUGGAAGCAGUGGAACAGAACAACCCCCGUCUCCUGGCUCAGAUUGAUGCAUCUAUGUUUGCCAGAAAGCACGAGAGCCCGCUGCUGGCUGCAAAGAGCCAGAGCCUGACAGCCCUGCCUGGUUCCACAUACACCCCUCCAACCAGCUGUGCUCAGCGUUCCUACUUUGGGUCCUCCUCCAGCCUUCACCAGUCCAUGCCCAACCACAGCUCAGAGAGAAGAUCUACUUCCUUUUCACUCUCUGGCUCUCCCUGGAAACCUCCGGAAGACAGAGAACCCCUCUCACCAGCAGAGACUCAACCGGCCCAAGCUCCGCUGCUUCCAGACUCGACUCUCGCCCAGAACUCCCCACUGACCCCCCAGGAGAUGAGCUCCAGCACUCUGACUAGCCCCAUGGAGGCAUCCUGGGUCAGCAGCCAAAAUGACUCCCCAAGUGAUGCCAGUGAGGGGCCUGAGUACCUGGCCAUUGGCAACCCAGACCCCCACGGCCGGACUGCCAGUUGCCAGAGUCACAGCAGCAAUGCCGAGAGUAGCAGCCCUCACUUGUUCUCCUCCGGCAGCUCUCAAAAGGCAGAUUCUGCUGCCUCUUCUCUAGGGGACCAGGAGGCAGGUAGGCAGAGUCAGACAGGCAGCGUCCUUCGCAGGUCCAGCUUCUCAGAAGGGCAGACAGUCCCUGUCACCAGCGGGACCAAGAAGAGCCAUAUUCGCUCCCAUUCGGAUACCAACAUCGCCUCCAGAGGAGCCUCAGGAGGCCCCAGGAAUAUCACCAUUAUAGUUGAAGAUCCCAUUGCAGAGGGUGGUCAGUACCUGUGCUCAGGAGAAGGCAUGUUUAGAAGACCGUCAGAAGGACAGUCCCUCAUCAGUUACCUCUCAGAGCAAGACUUUGGCAGCUGUGCAGACCUCGAAAAGGAGAAUGCCCACUUCAGCAUCUCAGAGUCCUUGAUUGCCGCCAUUGAGCUGAUGAAGUGCAACAUGAUGAGCCAGUGUCUAGAAGAGGAGGAAGUAGAGGAGGAAGACAGUGACAGAGAGAUCCAGGAACUGAAACAGAAGAUCCGCCUUCGGCGCCAACAGAUCCGCACCAAAAACUUACUCCCCGCGUACCAGGAGACUGAGCAUGGAAGCUUCCGGGUCACCUCCAGCAGCUCCCAGUUCAGUUCACGUGAUUCUACACAGUUCUCCGACUCUGGCUCUGCUGAGGAUGUUGAUGAACUUGACAUCCACGAUGGUAGUGAAGGCUCUAACCUGACUCACAUGUCAAAGAGUGGACUCUCAGUGUCACUGGCCUCGCUGUUCUCAGAUGCCGACAUCCGGAGGAGUGCGGUCUCAAAUGGCAAAGCAUCCUUCUCCCAGGCCUUUUCCCACUGCUUCCUACACUCCACAUCAGCUGAAGCGGUGGCCAUGGGCCUUCUGAAGCAGUUUGAGGGGAUGCAGCUUCCAGCUGCCUCCGAGCUGGAGUGGCUAGUUCCAGAGCAUGAUGCCCCACAGAAGCUCCUGCCUAUCCCCGACUCACUGCCCAUCUCACCAGAUGAUGGGCAGCACGCGGACAUCUACAAACUGCGUAUCCGUGUACGUGGCAACCUGGAGUGGGCUCCACCCCGGCCUCAGAUCAUCUUUAAUGUUCAUCCAGCCCCAACGAGGAAGAUUGCUGUGGCCAAGCAGAAUCACCGCUGUGCGGGAUGUGGCAUCCGCACAGACCCUGAUUAUAUCAAGCGGCUUCGGUACUGUGAGUACCUGGGCAAGUACUUCUGCCAGUGCUGCCACGAGAACACCCAGAUGGUCGUCCCCAGCCGGAUUCUGCGCAAGUGGGACUUCAGCAAGUACUAUGUCAGCAACUUUUCCAAGGACCUGCUCAUUAAGAUCUGGAAUGAUCCCCUCUUCAACGUGCAGGACAUCAACAGCGCCCUCUAUAGGAAGGUCAAGCUGCUCAAUCAAGUCCGACUGCUGCGGGUUCAGCUGUGCCACAUGAAGAACAUGUUUAAGACGUGCCGACUGGCCAAAGAGCUUUUGGAUUCCUUUGACAUAGUCCCAGGCCACCUGACAGAGGAUCUCCACCUAUACUCACUGAACGACCUGACUGCAACCAAGAAGGGGGAACUGGGGCCCCGUCUGGCUGAGCUCACUAGAGCAGGAGCUGCCCACGUGGAGAGAUGCAUGCUGUGCCAAGCCAAGGGCUUCAUCUGUGAGUUCUGCCAGAAUGAGGAUGACAUCAUCUUUCCUUUUGAGCUGCAUAAGUGCCGGACCUGUGAAGAGUGUAAAGCAUGUUACCAUAAAGCUUGCUUCAAGUCUGGAAGCUGCCCCCGGUGUGAGCGCCUACAGGCCCGGCGGGAGUUGCUGGCCAAGCAGAGCCUGGAGUCCUACCUAUCUGACUAUGAGGAGGAGCCCACAGAAGCCUUGGCUCUAGAGGCCACCAUCCUGGAGACCACCUGAGGAACGCACCUAAGCUCUUUUGUCCAAGGGUCUGACUAGGGUCAGAUAGAGAACUGAGCCACACCUUCAAGGAAGAUGAGGCCUUUUCAAAUAUAUAUAUUGUCAUUUUUUUAUGACUUGUCUGCCGUCCAGAUGUAGGCAACCUUUAUUGGUUGAUGGGUCCAGUCUAUUGUGACAGAUGCUGUGGGCAUCGAGUACUGUCAUCAGAACUGACACUGGGAGUGCCUCUUGUCAGGGACUUUUGUCAGGACAUCAAGAUCCAGCUCUUCUGACACGUUUGUCCUGCUCCACUGGGACCAGAUCUGGUUACAGCUGCAGCUCAAGGAUCAUUCCCACUCUUGACGUAGUCCUCAACUUCUGAGCCAGGCCUUUCUCAGCCAAUGAUCUUUUCCUUUGCUGCUGAAAUAGGAGAAUGGUAUUUUCUCUGUCCCAGUCCUGAGGCCCGGAAGAGAAUGGGACUACACAGUGGGCAUUCUGUCCAACUUACUUAGGUAUUUAAGGGACAGGUAGGAACAGAGCCGUCAUUGUCCUAGAAUCCUCAGAGACCUCAAGAGGCAACCAUAACUCCCCUGUUUCAAAUAUCCCAGACAUAGGUGGGCACGAGCUGCUCGUGUACUCUGGUGGGCUUGAAGCAAAGAACAGAACUGAGUCUUGGGCCAGGCCCAUCUGUAGUCAGCACCGCAAGCAUAAGUGAAGCUGCAACUGGUGCUUAAGGCAUGUUUAUUCAGACAGAGGAGCCGGCGGCCUCCCCUGGGGUGUUCAGUCUCUCAGUUAACUAACUUGAGUGCAGGUAUGCUUCAAGCUCAGGCAAGUCCCUGACGCCGACCUCAGGAGAGGCUAGAAGCCCCACCCACCAUCUUAACAUGGGUCCCUUACUGCUCUGUCUGACUGUGUGACCAUUGUGGUUCUAAGUACAGCUGUGACCCAACUCCGUUCUCCACCCCCUUCCCCCAGCAGAGCUGGGCCCUCCCUGUUGGCUGAUCUCUUGCCUUAGUUUCUUUUCUCAGAGUUGGGAGAAGCCCUCCCACUCAGCAGCACUAGAGAACUUGACAGUUUGUGAAUGUUUCUGUUUGCUCAGAAUAACAGGCGCCUUUAUGCCACUUAUGCACUUAACACUCAGCCUCGGUGACACAUUGAACCAUCCAUUUCAUGUUACUGAUUGUAAUAGACUCCUCCCUCCCCCCAUCACUUAAUGUGCAUUUCUGUGAGAAGUUUCCUGGAUGAGGCUGGACAUGUCUGUGGUGGUGUUUGAAUUGCUGCAGGUCUAACGUCUGUGUAAAGACUGGUCAAAGUUGCCUCUCAGAGCCUGGUGGUUCUGUGAACUAAUGACCACCAUGCUUUUGUUCUGGAGCUGACUUCUGGGUUUUCCUGUCCGUGGUAGCUACUAAAAUCAUUGCUCCGGGCACUGCCCCAAGAAGCCAGACAAAGUUGCAUUUGGUUGGUGGGAGCUGACAGGUAACUGAGCCGGAGGGGACGAGGGAUCUCCCCGAGAGGCGGUCAACGUGACAGCUAAGCUGAGCUCUAACGGAGCAAGAGGGAAUGUGUCAGGGAACUAACUGAUCCAGGUGCCUUCCUCUGCUUCAGCCUUGGGAGCUGACGGCUCUAUGGUGGGGCCUGUUCUCAGGCAGAAAGCUGAGGCCAGGGCCAGAGAGAGUUGGUUAGAAGUCCCUUCCACUCAGUUGUCACUGAGUCAGACCUCGGAUUCAGACUCUGCCUCCAGUUCCAGUUCAUGGCUAACUUCCCGUCCAGCUGCUCACUCCAAGUCACCACACUGGAGGAGGCUGCCGCCACCCACUCUCCAGCUGACCUCAGCCUUCUCGCUGACUUUCCAGUUUCCCUGCCCCCCUACCCCCUUAGAGCACAGAUCUCUGCAGUGCUCCGGAUUCUGUGCUGUCGUUACUGACCAAAUACCCAUAUGUUUAUUUAUUUGGGAAUGGGAGAGAAGGGACCGAGGGGGUGUUUCUUGUGAAAGCACUUUGUUUUGUCACUUUACAGUAUCUGAGUCUCCCCUGCUGCGGGGAGAGGCAUCCAAUACACUGAGGAGAGUUGCCUCUGGGGUGAGGCGGGAGGGGAGCAUCACAUCUGUACAGAGGGAGACAAGCUCCAAGGCACUGAGAGGUGUGGAAGCCGAGUGCUCUGCACUUAGGAGGCUCCCUCUGCCGAGGAUUGAGAGCGUGUGCUAAACUAACAGAAAAGGAGCAAGAGUCUAAAUAAAAGCAUUCUGUUUGUGUACAACUUGUGUUUUGAACUGGAUUUUCAGCUGCUGUAAUUCGUGCAGAUCCUAACAGUUCAUGGUCAUCUUUAAUAAACUAAGGAAAUUAAA